AUGCCUGGUCUAACUCCAUUGAGCCUCAGUCUGGCAGCAAUCCUGGGCUUCACAGCAGGGGCCCCUAUGUGUCUCUCUCGCCUGCUCAGAAUGCAAGGUGACUAUAUGCUGGGUGGGCUCUUCCCCAUGACCUCGGCUGAGGGCUCUGACCUUGAGAACAGAAUAAGGCCAGAGAGCACCACAUGCAAGAGGUUCUCUGGCCUCGGCCUGCUUUGGGCGCUGGCCGUGAAGAUGGCAGUGGAGGAGAUCAACAAUGGGUCACGGUUGCUUCCGGGGCUGCGUCUGGGCUAUGACCUCUUAGAUACGUGCGCAGAACCCAUGACAGCCAUGAAGCCCAGCUUGGUGUUCCUGGCCAAGGCAGGCAGCCAUGACAUUGCUGCCUACUGCAACUACACACAGUACCAGCCUCGUGUGGUGGCUGUCAUUGGGCCCCACUCCUCUGAGCUCGCCCUUGUCACUGGCAAGUUCUUCGGCUUCUUCCUCAUGCCCCAGGUCAGCUACGGCGCCAGCACAGACCGGCUGAGUGACCGAGAGACGUUCCCAUCCUUCUUCCGCACGGUGCCCAGUGACCGAGUGCAGCUGCGGGCCAUCGUGGAGCUUCUGCUGCUCUUCAGCUGGAACUGGGUUGUGGCCAUGGGCAGUGACGAUGAGUAUGGUCGUCAGGGCCUGAGCAUCUUCUCCAACCUGGCCAGCACCCAAGGCAUCUGCAUUGCUCAUGAGGGCAUAGUCCCACUGCCUCGUGACCACAAACCACUCACGGGCCCAAUGGGGAAGCUGCUAGAGAUUGUAAACCAGAGCAAUGUGCAGGUGGUGGUGGUAUUCUCCUCCGCUCGAGCCGCCCGCACCUUCUUCAGCCACUGUAUCCACAGCCAGCUCACACCAAAGGUGUGGGUGGCAAGUGAGGCCUGGCUGGCCUCGGAGCUGCUCACCACACUGCCUGGCAUGGAAAAGGUGGGCACUGUUCUUGGCUUCCUGAUGCGAGGCACCCAGUUACCUGAGUUCUCGGACUAUGUGGCCAGGUGCCUGGCCUUGGCCUCCGACCCAGCCUUCUGUGCCUCACUGGAUACUGUGCACCAGAAUCUGGAGGAGGAAGUGGUGGGGCCACGCUGCCCGCAGUGCGACCUCAUCACGAUGCAGAACCUGUCGACUGGGCUGCUGCACCACCAGACCUUCGCUGCCUAUGCAGCUGUGUACAGCGUGGCCCAGGCACUCCACAACACGCUGCACUGCCAGGCUUCAGGGUGUCCUGUGCACAAACCAGUGCAGCCCUGGCAGCUCCUGGAGAAGAUGUACAACACGAGCUUCUGGGCCCGAGACAUGGAGAUGGCCUUUGACGCCACUGGGAAUGUGGACAUGAAUUACGACCUGAAGCAGUGGCGGUGGCAGGGCCAGGUUCUCACGAUGCACACUGUGGGCACCUUUGAUGGCCAGCUCCAGCUCAACCGCUCCCUGAUCCAGUGGCAUUUGCCAAACCACCAGGAGCCGGUGUCCCAGUGCUCGCGGCAGUGUGCGGACGGCCAGGUGCGCCGGGUGAAGGGCUCCCACUCCUGCUGCUAUGACUGCACGGACUGCAAGGCUGGUACCUACAGGAGCAGCACAGAUGACCUCUUCUGCCUCUCGUGUGACCUCAAAGAGUGGUCCCCUGACCGAAGCACGCGCUGCUUCCUCCGGACGCCCAAGUUCCUGGCGUGGGGGGAGCCAGCCACGCUGGGAUUGCUAGUGCUGCUGGGCCUGGUGCUGGGCCUGGUGCUGGCCACCUUCGGGCUGUUUGUCUGCCACUGGGACAGCCCCAUGGUGCAGGCCUCCGGCGGGCCACUGGCCUGCUUUGGCCUGGCCUGCCUGGGCCUGGUCUGCCUCAGUGUGCUCUUGUUCCCUGGGUGGCCCAGCCCCACCAGCUGCUUCGCACAGCAGCCUCUCUGUCACCUGCCACUGACAGGCUGCCUGAGCACGCUCUUCCUGCAGGCAGCCGAGACAUUUGUGGAGUCAGAGCUGCCGCAAAGCUGGCUGGAGCGGCUGCAGGGCCACUUUCGAGGCCUGGGGGCCUGGCUCGUGGUACUGUUGGCAGUUUUGGCUGAGGCCGCCCUGUGUGCCUGGUACCUGGUGGCCUUCCCCCCUGAGGUGGUCACCAACUGGUGGGUGCUGCCCCAGGAGGUACUGAUACACUGCCAUGUGCGCUCCUGGAUUGGCUUCGGCUUGGUGCACACCGUCAACGCCACCCUGGCUUUCCUGUGCUUUCUGGGCACCUUCCUGGUGCAGAGCAGGCCUGGCCGCUACAACCGCGCGCGAGGGCUCACCUUUGCCAUGCUGGCCUACUUCAUCAUCUGGAUCUCCUUUGUACCCAUCCUUGCUAACGUGCACAUGGCCUAUCAGCCCGCUGUGCAGAUGAGCGCCAUCCUUCUCUGCGUUCUGGGCAUCCUGGCUGCUGUCCACCUGCCCAAGUGCUACUUGCUGCUAUGGUGUCCAGCACUCAACACCCCCGAGUUCUUCCUGGGAGAGGGGUCUGGGGUUGCAAGGGAGACUCAAGGAAACCAGGAGUUAGUGACUCCUGGUCCUGUGAACUCACCCCCAGCCACCCCAGCCCAAUAG